AUGUCGCUGCCUCGAUCGCCCUCCCCACGCCCAGGGAGUGGCUGGCUAAGUCCCAGCUCGACCCUAGGCAGUGGCAGAUCAACACCUUUCAACAGCUUCUACCCACCUGCUCUGUCGGAUCCAUGGCUAGCUGCCAAAGCGAAGAGUGACGAAGUCCGCGGCUACCCAUCUUUUUCUACACCGAACAAAGGGUUCUUCUCGCGGUCAAAACGGCGAAUCAUUGCGACGCUUCCAGGGUUCAGAAUGCGGUCUACGUCUCCAAAGAUAUAUGCUGAGAAAGAUGGCGUUAUAUAUGGGAGUGGCCGGGGCUGGCGCUCGUUAUGGCUCGGGAGGACAACUCUGCGACGUAGGCGAUCACGGUUCUUUUUGGCUAUGCUGCUCUUGGCUCUUGGGUACCUCUUCUUCUGGACGUUCUUCGUCGAAGCUUUCAGGCGCUCUAUCUUCGGCGGCGGACGAAAGUUUGUGAUAAUCUUGCAAUCGAACACCGAGGGCGGAGUCAUGGAGUGGAAAGGGGCAAGGGAAUGGGCUACCGAGCGUAACAGCAUUCUGAAUAAGAAGGAGUAUGCCAAACGAUGGGGAUACAAUUUGGAGAUCGUUAACAUGUUGGCGAAGAAACGCUAUUCACAUGAAUGGCGCGAAGGAUGGGAGAAAGUCGAUAUUCUCCGCGAGACUAUGCGGAAAUAUCCCAACGCAGAAUGGUUCUGGUGGCUGGACCUCACCACCUAUAUUAUGGAACCUUCGUAUUCCCUUCAAGGCCACUUGUUCGACCGUCUUGAGGAGGUAGUUUACCGCGAUAUUAACGAGUACAACCCGUUGAACAUUACCCACCCACCAAUUCAACCGUAUUUCGACGAGAUAUCUCGUUCGGCAAAUGGCGAUGAUGACCCGUCUUCAAUCCAAGUUUUACUCUCGCAAGAUUGCGGAGGCUUUAAUCUAGGCUCAUUCUUUGUUCAUCGAUCCUUAUUCACAGAGCGGCUGUUAGACACCUGGUGGGACCCUAUAAUGUACGAGCAGAAGCACAUGGAGUGGGAGCACAAGGAGCAGGACGCCUUCGAGUACCUUUAUACAAACCAACCCUGGGUACGCAGCAGUGUCGCCUUCGUUCCUCAGCGAUACAUCAACUCCUUUCCUCCUGGAGCUUGCGGAGAUUCGCUCGAUCCAAAAUUCCAUUAUACGGAGGGUGGGCGAGAUUUCGUGGUCAACAUGGCCGGCUGCGAUUUUGGCCGCGACUGUUGGAACGAGAUGUACCAGUACCGGGAAUACAGCAAGUGGCUGAACAGAACGAGAUGGCAACGUCUUCGGUCCUGGUACCUUGACAUGUAUCGUGCUCUCUUUGGAGAUUAG